AUGAUUGAACUCCUCAAGGCAGUUAUUGCCUACUUAUUAACAGCUCUUCAAGUAUUGAUUCAUAUUGGAAAGAAAGUAUUGGCACCAUUCCAAAAGUUGAAACAAGAUAUUGAUCCAUCUGGAAGGGUUGUAUUAUUGACUGGUGCAGCUGGUGGAUUUGGAUCCAAUUUAGUUAGAGAAUUGCUCGACAAGGGUGCUAAUGUAAUUGCUGUUGACGUCAAGAUGGAAUUCUUGGAAAAGUCUUUGGGUAAAUUGAAAUGUGAAAAGUUGGAAUUUCUCCAGGUUGACAUUGCUUCUAAUGAACAAGUUGUGCAAGCAGCUGAGCAAGUUAAGGAGCUAUUGAAAAAGUGGAAUAAGGAUCGGUUAUUUGCAUUGGUUAAUAAUGCUGGUAUUGGAAAUAGUCCAAAUUGUGUCAAGAGAGGUGGAGUUGUUGAAUUUGAUGAAGACGAAAUGCAACAAGUUUUCAAUGUUAACACCUUGGGUCAUAUUCGUAUGGUUCGUGAAUUGUAUCCACUCAUGGAAAAUAAGAACACUCAACUCGAUUCCAAUGCUUCCAUCAUUUUAAAUGUUGCCUCAAUCUCUGGCAGAGAUGCCCUUCCAUUCCUCUCUGUGUAUCCAUCUACAAAGCAUGCCAUUGUUGGUUAUUCUCAUUCUCUCCGUAGAGAAAUGGAAUUGUUAAAAGCCUCUGGAAAUGACAAUUCAUUUGUGAGAGUUUGUUGUGUUGAGCCAGGUUUCAGUAAGACACAAAUUGUUGCCUCCAAACCAUUCAAUGAGGAAUCAAUCUUUUAUAAGGCCUAUCUACUCACCAAGCCACUCUAUUUCAAGGUUGUUUCUAGUGCCAUUACUCCAGAUCAUGUUGCCCUGGAAAUGUACAGACAAAUAUUCUCAUCCAAUAGUUAUGAUAGUGUCAUUGUUGAUAAGUGGUACAUGAUUGUUUUUUGGAGAUUGUUCAAUUAUGUGUUCUAA